AGAUUUCUGAAACCUACCGUAACAAUGCAGAUAUCAGUAUUCGUUGGCUGUUUCCUCUUGGUCGCAGUAUCUGCUGCCCCAGAUGGCAUCGUACUGAGAGAAUUGGAGAAGGAGCUGGAAGAUUCGUUUAGACUUGGCGGAGAUCUGCUUCUGGACAGGAAAUCUACGGAAAAGAAUGGCUUGACUGAGACGGAGAAACAGGACAUCUUGGACUACCACAAUGACAUCCGAGCCAAUGUCCAGCCCAGUGCAUCCAACAUGCUGAAAAUGCAAUGGAGUGAUGAGUUGGCAAAAACUGCCCAGGAUUACGCUGAUAAGUGUAUCUGGGGUCAUAACGGUGAUAGGUCGUCCGGGUCAUCGUUCUGGUAUGUCGGAGAGAACCUCUUCCUUUCCUCAUACUACAACGGAAAGUAUGUCGUAGACAAAUGGGCUAGUGAGGAGUCGGAUUUUACCUAUUCCUCUAAUACCUGUAGCGGUGUGUGUGGUCACUAUACCCAGGUAGUCUGGGCUACGUCUGGGUAUUUGGGAUGUGGAGCCAAGAUGUGCAGUUCUCUUCAGGGUCUGAGCUGGAGUAAUGCCGUCAUCGUCGUCUGUAACUAUGGCAACGGGGGGAACUUCCGAGGCUAUCUCCCGUACAAUGAAGGCACGUCGUGUUCCAAAUGUCCCUCUGGAACCAGCUGUCAAAACGGGCUUUGUGCAUGAACAAAGAACCUGAUACUUUUCACAAAUGGAAUGACGACACACAAUCUGACAAUUCUCUAGGAUCUUCCUGUGACUUUUGCAACUUGCAUACUUUUAAAAAUUAAAUUGUACUAACAUAACAUUUCAACUAUUUCAUAUUCUUUAUACUUUAAUAUUCAAAAUAAAAUUAUUUUCUGAAAAAGAAA